CCUGGGAUACACCUGAGAUACACCUGAACAUACCUGAGAUACACCUGGGGUACACCUGGGGACACCUGAACAUACCUGGGUAAACCUGGGAUACACCUGGGUACCCCUGGGAUGGGCCAUGGUGUGCGCCGGGCACCUGGGCGGCGGCACCGACACCUGCAAGGGUGACUCGGGGGGUCCCCUGGUGUGCCCCUCCCCCUCGGGCCGCUGGGUCCUGGCCGGCAUCGUCUCGUGGGGGGAGGGGUGCGGGGUCCCGGCCCGCCCCGGCGUGUACACGCGCGUCAGCGCCUUCUCUGAUUGGAUCGCCGCCCGCGCCGGGGGCGUGGCCUUCGUGGGCGGGCCCCGCCCACAGCGCAACGGCAGCGCGGGAAACGGGAGCGGCGGGAACGGGAGCGGCGGGAACGGGAACGGCGGCGCCCCCUGGCGGAGCGGAGGGCUCGGGGCGGCGCUGGCGGUGACGGCGCUGGGGGCGGGCUGGGUGUGAGGAGGAAAAAUGGGUGGAAAAAGGGCGGAAUUGGUUAAAAA